CCCCGGGCCUGUGUGGGGGCCGCGCGCUGCGGCGGCGGAGGCGACCCCCGCAACCCCGGCCGGCAAGCGCACAGCCAUGGCCGAGGCGGCCCCGGCUCCGACCUCUGAGUGGGACUCCGAGUGCCUUACGCCCCUGCAGCCCUUUUCUCUCCCUACACCCCCAGCAGCGAGUGAGGCGCACCUGCAGACAGCAGCCAUCUCGCUGUGGACCGUGGUGGCGGCUGUUCAGGCCAUAGAACGGAAGGUGGAUGUCCACAGCCGGCGACUCCUGCACCUGGAAGGCCGGACGGGGACAGCAGAAAAGAAGCUAGCCAGCUGUGAGAAGAUGGUGACAGAGCUUGGGAACCAGCUGGAUGGCAAGUGGGCCAUUCUGGGGACCCUGCUGCAAGAGUAUGGGCUGCUGCAGAGACGACUGGAGAACUUGGAGAACCUGUUAAGAAACAGGAACUUCUGGAUCCUGCGGCUGCCUCCAGGUAUUAAAGGAGAUAUCCCAAAGGUGCCUGUGACGUUUGACGAUGUCUCCAUCUACUUCUCCACUCCAGAGUGGGAAAAACUGGAAGAAUGGCAAAAGGAGCUUUAUAAGAAUAUCAUGAAGGGCAACUACGAAUCUCUCAUCUCCAUGGACUAUGCCAUGAAUCAGCCUGAUGUCUUAACACAGAUUCAGCCACAAGGAGAGCAUAAUACAGAGAAUCAGGCAAGGCCAGAGGAAAGUGAGAUUCCUGCAGUCCCCAGCGAGGAGCCUGGUAUUUCAACAUCAGAUAUUCUGUCUUGGAUUAAACAAGAGGAAGAGCCUCAGGUUGGGGCCCCACAGGAGUCCAAGGAGAGUGACCUAUACAAAAACACCUUUGCUGACGAAGAGCUUGUCAUCAAAGCAGAAGGCCUCGCUUUGUGCCCUGAGGUUCCAGUCACCUUCUCGUCACCACUGCCACCACCAGCAGCAGCAAAGGAUGCUUUUACAGAUGUGGCUUUCAAAAACCAACAGUCUGCGUCUAUGACACCUUUUGGACAUCCAGCCACUGACCUGCCUGAAGCCUCUGAGGGACAAGUGACUUUUACUCAGUUGGGUAGCUACCCUCUUCCACCUCCAGUUGGGGAACAGGUGUUUUCGUGCCACCACUGUGGCAAGAGUCUCAGCCAAGACAUGCUGCUCACCCACCAGUGUAGCCACGCUGGUGAGCACCCCUCAGCCUGUGCCCAGUGUCCCAGGGCCAGCCUUAGCAAUAGCUCUCAAGACCGUGCCAGGGAGACGCCCCCCACAUGCCCCCACUGUGCUAGGACUUUCACUCACCCAUCCAGACUCACCUACCACCUGCGGGUCCAUAAUAGCACUGAGCGUCCCUUUCCUUGCCCUGAUUGCCCCAAACGCUUUGCUGACCAGGCCCGCCUCACCAGCCACCGCCGUGCUCAUGCAAGCGAGAGGCCCUUCCGCUGCACCCAGUGUGGCAGAAGCUUCAGUCUGAAGAUCAGCCUCCUGCUCCAUCAGCGUGGCCACGCACAGGAGCGCCCUUUCUCCUGCCCUCAGUGUGGCAUCGACUUCAAUGGCCACUCGGCCUUGAUCCGCCACCAGAUGAUCCACACAGGUGAGCGCCCUUAUCCAUGCACUGACUGCAGUAAGAGCUUCAUGCGCAAGGAGCACUUGCUGAACCACCGGCGGCUGCACACUGGUGAGCGGCCCUUCAGCUGUGCUCACUGUGGCAAGAGCUUUAUCCGCAAGCACCACCUCAUGAAACACCAGCGCAUCCACACAGGUGAACGACCCUACCCCUGCUCCUACUGUGGCAGGAGCUUCCGCUAUAAACAGACACUCAAGGACCACCUUCGUUCAGGCCACAGUGGAAGCUGUGGAGGUGACAGUGACCCAUCUGGGCAACCACCUGACCCUCCUGGUCCCAUUUUAACUGGCCUGGAAACCUCUGACCUGGGCAUUAACACAGAGGGUCUAGAGACCAACCAGUGGUAUGGGGAAGGAAGUGGAGGGGGAGUGUUGUAACCUCUGUGGCUUCAUGGUUAUCUAUGCUCAAGGCAGCACAGAAAUCCCAAGAGAAGGCUCUGUCGCCCAUGCUAUUGAGCACAUCCAGAAAUUUGGGGCACUCUACGUUUAACUAAAAACAUUGGAUUUGGAACUUAAUAUCAGAAUACUAUAUUUUGAAACCCCAGAGAGAUUGGAAAGGAGCCCAGGAUCCUCAUCUUAUCAAAAAUGCUAUAAAAGCAGAAGUUAGAAUAUUGCAGAGAGCUUGGGAAGCAAGCUUUAGUCUCUGGCUGUCCUGCUGUCCUGUUACCACUGAGUAACAGAUUAAUAAUAUAUCACAUCUCUUGGUAAAGGCAGGCACAGAGGAAGCUCCUCUGAAACUUAAGACCCAUCAUGAGGCAUGAGGCAUGAAGCAUUGAACUAAAACCUCAUUAAUUCCUUGAUCAGUAAGAUGGUUAAGGGGAGAAAAUGCUUAAGCCACUGUUCGUGUCAUUGUCUUCUGUCUCAGAACUAGCUGAGGGCCGUGCACACAGCCAUGUAGCUGCCUUCGCUGAAAUAUAAUAACUCAAGACUACCUUCCUAGGUUUCCUAAAUUCUUCUAAUACAUUUGGUUUAAUAUUGGGUGAAAGACAAGUUUGAUUUUAAAGCAAGGAGAUCAAUUCUUGUAUUGGCUUUAAGUGCAACUUGUCGUUUGUUUUAUUUGCAUUCAGACUGCUAGUCGCCUUUCCCAAGGUCCUGGUUAAAAAUUAGGAGAAAUGAUCUCAGCCCUGUCUUGAAAAGCUGAAGAUCUCAGAGAAAUUGUUGGUAUGGCAGUGACAGGACAGUCUAAACUUUGUGCUUGAACCUCAGACUCAUGUAUAUCAAGUUUUCCCUCAUCUUUUCCAAGCCUGUGAACUUGCUUUUCCAUUUUUGGUUCUUGAUAUUUUUGACAAUCAUCAGCAACAAUAUCACACCAUUUUCCAAAAGCAUUACGAAGUUUCAGAAAAUGCCAGUAGACUCUCAGCUUCCUCUGCAGUGAGGUCAUAAUGGUGUUGACAUGCAGCUUGCCUGAGCUAACGGGGUGUGUGAUCUCGCCCUCUGGCUCUUGCCCAUUGAUGGUAGAUUGAGGAACUUUGUAGAUCAUUGAGAACUUUGCACCAUGCAUACAUCACGACUGGCUGUUCCUGCUUUUUUUUUGCUUUUAGGAAUCUUGGCCACCAUGUGUUCUGUUCCUGGGGGUCAUUCAGUCACCUGGGAGCAUCCGGGCCUUGUUUUGUUCCUAAGUGACUUUGCACCUGGGCUUGAGUCCCUUUCCCUUUACAGCUUUACAAAUCUCAACUUUUUAUUUGCAAAAUGAGGCUGUUGAAAGCAAAGAAGUGAACCUUUAAAAACUUGGGGGGAAAAAAAAAAACUUGCGAUACAUUCCUUCUGCCAAAAUUCUGUCUGUAUCUUUGGCUUCCAUCCAUACAAAGCCAAAUAAAACAGCAAAAAAUCAAAGCAGAGGGUUUCUUGUUGAAACUUGACUGAAAUCAAUUUGAUUUGUUGUUUUGCUUAUAGCCUGAAGUAGAAAGACUGUGUGGAGAAACCAUGUGUUGGGCAGCUAAAGUCAUUUAACCCUGUACUCUCUUAUUUCCCCUGAAUCAUCCCAAGAUGGUUAGAAUAAGAACUCUGAAUACUUAGGACACUUUUUGAUGAAGUGAUAAGGAAGGGAUCUAUUUUUUUCUCCCUUAUCACUUAGCUCAACUUCCAUCCUCCUCGACAAGGAAAAGGUG